AUGUUCCCGGUCACUAGUCGCCGCCAUUUCUCUUUCUCCCUAUAUAUGCUCCGUUCAUCUUCUCCACACAACCAUGUUCUCUACUCUUCCUCCUCUUUCCUCCCUUCUUUUGCCUCAUCCAGGUCCUCUGCAACCAAAGAUUACCGAAAAUCCUCAUCCCCUCCAAUGGCGGCGUGUAUCGACACGUGCCGAACCGGGAAACCUCAGAUUUCUUCUCGCGACUCCACCAGGUCUCACGACGACGAAUCCGGUUUCCGUUACCUGAAUUACUACCGUACCGGUUACCCGGACCGAGUUUCGCGAGCUCCGAUCAACGUGACCCAGACCAAAACCCUCCACACCCGCCCGCUCGUUGAAGAUCUCGAUCGAGACGCCGAGAUCGACGAUGUCUGGGAGAAGAUUCGCGAAGAAGCCAAAUCCGAUAUCCAGAGAGAACCUAUUGUCUCCGGCUAUUACCACGCAUCGAUCGUCUCCCAGCGAUCCUUGGAGGCGGCGUUGGCCAACACUCUCUCCGUUAAACUCAGCAACUUAAACCUCCCCAGCAACACGCUCUUCGAUUUGUUCAACGGCGUUCUCGAGGAACACCCAGAGAUCGUUGAAUCGGUGAAGCAAGAUCUGAUUGCGGUCAAGGAGAGAGACCCAGCUUGCAUCAGCUACGUCCAUUGUUUCCUACACUUCAAGGGCUUCCUCGCCUGCCAAGCGCAUCGAAUUGCUCACGAGCUAUGGACGCAGGACCGGAAAAUCCUCGCUCUGUUGAUCCAGAACAGAGUAUCGGAGGCCUUCGCCGUUGAUUUCCACCCCGGGGCCAAAAUCGGAACCGGGAUUUUGCUCGACCACGCUACGGCCAUCGUCAUCGGCGAGACGGCGGUGGUGGGGAACAACGUCUCUAUUCUCCACAACGUAACGCUCGGAGGAACGGGGAAACAGUGCGGAGACAGGCACCCGAAGAUCGGCGACGGGGUGUUGAUCGGAGCUGGGACUUGUAUCCUGGGGAAUAUAACGAUUGGAGAGGGAGCCAAGAUCGGGGCCGGCUCGGUGGUGUUGAAGGACGUGCCGCCGCGUACGACGGCUGUGGGAAAUCCGGCGAGAUUGCUCGGUGGCAAAGAUAAUCCGAAAAAGCACGACAAGGAUCCUGGCCUCACCAUGGACCAGACGUCGCAUAUAUCCGAGUGGUCGGAUUAUGUAAUUUGA